UUGGCAUGCUGACAAUGUGCAGGACUAUUACUCUAUAUAUGUACACACGUCGCGAAGAUCAAACCUCUGCUUGUUACACGUCGCUGAGAUCGCUAUGCCGUUGCUUUAGGUGCCAGUUGACGAGUUGCAGUCAGAUGCUGAGCAGGUUUUUGCCAUUGUUGAGUGUGAUCCAGAGUUCCAGGGGAUUAUGAAAGACCUUGAGCACCACAGGGCAAAGGAUGCCGUCCACGAGGCAGUGAACAAGCUGCACACUGCUCCUGACCUGACCAGAGACUGACCGGGUCGAAUACUUGGACAUUUCCCCAGAGGGUUGCCUGGUGGUGAUGCUAUUGCAACAGUGGUUGGUGCGGCACCUGACCAAGCGAAUGAUGCAGCUCAUGACGUUGGAGGCCUUCACCGAACACCGCUCCAAGAUACCCUUCUCCUACCUGGAGAACUACCUCGUUCAUCAGGCCCACUUCUCCCUCACCAGUCUCAUAGACAGAUACCUGACGGGACUAGCCAACAAAUGGGAGCCUAAAUUUCCCACGUCCAAGGUCCUGUGCUUCACUCGCUCCUCUCCGCUGAUUCACCAGCUCCCGGCACAGUACCCCAGCCAUGCCCUCGAACGACAGAGUGACGAUGACAUCAAGCAAACUCUCAAGAAUCUGGUUCACGAGGCUGUGGACAGGCUGAUGGUGUGCAAGCUCUCCAACAUCCCCUCGCAGAGCCACGUGCUGGAACUCCUGCGCAGCUUUGUCCACUCCGACACGGCCGAGGUCCUCGUACUAGUGGUCAACAUGCAGGAGAUCCGACAGCAGGUUAUCAACCACAUCCGAAUCAUGAUCGACGAAGAAGAGGCUCUGCUGCUCAAAGAGGACCGGAAACAGAAACUGUUUCUCCUCCUUCUUCACUUCCCGCCGUCCAAGUUUGCCAACGCCUGUUAUCCCUCCCUCUUCCUGCGAGGCUGGGACCACUGCUACCUUGACACGGUGGCCCACAGCACUGCCACAGGCGUCAUCGACAUCCGCAGAUGGUUCUGGGACUGCUGCUUCCUCCCCGACACCCUCCCUCCCCCCGACGAAGACUCCCUUAUCACCACUCUGAAGGAGAUUCUAAACGAGGCCAUCCCUAUUCUGGCCUCCCGCGUUUUCUUCGGCGUCGUUUAUAACGGACACUUCAACAUGAAAAUGAGUGGCUCCAAGCGCACAAAGAUACUCAAGACGCUCCUCUUUGACAAGGGCGUGGGCAACGUGCUAUGCGAGCGUUUCCGCUCCUACUGGAAGCCGAACGUAAUGUCAGAGUAUCUAGAGAAAGCAGUAGCCUUCACAAGGAGCAAGGACUCGACCCUGAACAUCACGGACUCGAUCCACACAACCUUCAAGAGUCUAUUCUUUGACUUUCUCGUGUACAUGAUCUCCCGGAUCAACGAGGACUGCAACAUUGACGUCCUCUUCCUGCCCUCCUGUACCCCACCCACCCAGUCCCUCUUCCUCGACAUUGUCCGCGUGUUCAAGAUCCCGAAACUCUCUGAGUUGAAGGUGCGCAGCGCACACCCGCAGCUGGGGAAGGAGGCCAGCUACCUCCCGCAGUUCCCCUUCUUCAAGACUGUGUCGGGGGAGGUGGAGAGGCUGGUCGAGGACUCGCGCGAGGAGGCAAACACCAAGACCAACAUCAUGGGAGACCUGGAGACGGAUGGAGUUGAGCUGUCUAUCACGUACAGGGGACUCACCAACCAACAGUCCUUGAUCCGACAUCUGAAGGAAAUUGUCGUGAGAAAACUGAAAGUCAUUGUCGAGAGUGAAGAGAAGAGUUUUCUGGCUCACUCACUAAAGGCACAGGAGGAAAACCCUGUCAUCUGGGACUACUAUUUCAGUGACUUCAUCGCCCGCACCCUCCACCUGGAGAGCUGCGAGGGCAUCAGCCAGCGCAUCCUUCGGGCCUUUUUCACGCAGCUGCAGGAGGAGAAGACGGCGCUCGAGAUGGUUGUGCAACUCCACGUCUACAUGAACGUCUACCACCUGGAGCUCGCCAAGAUGGCCACCGUCCUGCGUCCACUGGAUCGGAUACAGCACGUGUCUCGUGCGGCCCCCAACGCGCUCUCCCCCCUCGUGGCGUCGCCCACCAAGCAGCUGGUGGACGUCGUACAAGAGACGAAGCACCCACUUGGCACCCCCGAACACCUCUCAGCCUUUGUGGUCGGUCACCUCUUCAACGCUCUCGUGGGCGCCGCCUUUGGGCAGAAGUCACCCUCGUCCCCGAAUUUGAUCAACAACCCUGACAAGAUGCUGAUGUGGUACAGGGCAUACAGCAUGUGUACAGUGCCCUCAGUCCAGGGGCCCAGCCUGCCAUGGCAGUCGUGGAGGCACGGCUGAACGUGAUGCAGACUGUCUUCCUGGCUCUCAGGUCUUUCUCAGACCCCGCCCGGGCGGAGCCUUCCGAACCCCUCCUGGCCGACUCCCAGAAGAUAUUCCACACACUCUUCAAUAGACACUUCGAUGUGGACAUGGAGCUGAAGAAUGGUUGUCCGAGACUGGGUGGUGUGAGUGAAGUGGCUGUAGAGGUGAUCACGCAGACCGGGCCAUCACCAAGACCUCAAGAGGAACAAGACAAUAACCAGGUACUAUACUAACCAUACACACAGAAAACUGUCUGCACCGCAGUUGUGUAUACAUGUAGUAGAAUACACGUGUAAGGGGUUAACCAGUUCACACACAUAACGGUCAGUGAAAUAUCUGAGCACAAUAGAACCACAUAACCCAAUAAUAUGUGAAUUUCACAUGAAAACUCAACAAGUACCGUUAAUACUUUGGUUUUGGCUUAUCACGCGUGAGUCCGACCAUGCUCACAAAACCUUUUUCCAAAAAAAAAUUAUUUUUAGGU